CUUGAAUAAACACAGCCAAAUUUGACCAACCUAGCUUUUGGUCUCGGCGCAAUGACCGGCCCUGCGAUGGGCCCUUCAGUGGCCUGCCUGCGCUAUCUGCGAUCAACCACCGUCUUUCGCAAACCCUCCAUCCUCAUUCCAACGAGCUCUAUCCUCUCGACGCAGCGAGACGCGACUGUGCGAUCCUCACAAUGUAUCAAAAUGCGGGCGUUCUCAACCCAGCCUUCUCGGCAGAAUUGGCUGCAACCAGUGCGAGCUGAAAAGUCCAAGUCCAUGGUUGGCCGGCCGAGGAUGCCCACAGGUGGCAGCACGCGCGGCACGACUGUUGUGUGGGGCGAUUACGGACUUCGAAUGAAAGAUCAUGAUCGUCGUGUAUCUGCCAAACAGCUUCGAAUCGGCGAGGAAACGAUCCGCCGGCGGCUUCGAGGAGAACAUUUCAGACUGUACACUCGUGUGAGUGCCAACAUUGGUGUUUACACCAAAGGAAGUGAAGUGCGUAUGGGUAAGGGAAAGGGUAAAUUCGACUACUGGGCAGCAAGAAUUCCGGUGAGCCGAAUCGUGUUUGAGCUCAAGGGGCAGAUCCACGAGCAAGUAGCUCGAGAUGCUUUCAGGCUUGCUGGCGACAAACUGCCUGGAUUGUGGGAGUUUGUCAAGAAAGGAGAUCCGCCAGUGGUUGGGAUCACGAAACUCGGAAAUGGAGUCACUCUGCAGAGCUUGAAGGAGGCCAGGAGACCUGUUGUACCCAAGGACAAAUUAGGUGAAGUUUCUGACAUUGUUGGGCCAUCCGGUUCCAGCACGGCUCCACGAUCAGUUUCACGGGAGAUGGACUCGACAAAGACAGAGGCAGCUAUUUCGCCUUGAUGUACAACAAGACUUGAAUCUGGCAUUAUAACUAUGGUGGACUUCGAUUACAGCAGUGUUGCAGGCGCUGUGGCUGGACUUUAAAGCUAAACUGGCAAGACCUUAAGCACCGAUCCCGGAACCAGGACCAUACCCUUGCUCUCUGCGUGUAUUCUUCUGGUCGCUGGGUUGGUCUGCUGUUCCCCCAUAACCACCGUCCUGGUUGGCAGUGCCUGUUGAAGUGGUGGUUUUACCGCCCAUGCCUGACUCGGAGAUAUUCUGGCCGUAUCUGAUAUUAUCGGCAGUGCGUUGGCCAUCUUGAGAUGACGUGGCAGCACCUUCCGAUUUGUUGGAUCCGGCUGUGAUUCAAGAGUCAGUAGGGUGAAAAUUAGGAACAGAUGCAAAAAGGAGCAUUUUGAGAGAUGUUCUAGGGCUGGAAGAAUAAAUGUCAUCUACUUACAACCUAAUUGCCCUUGAUCCUUGUCCGAGGGAUUGGUCACGGUCUUGAUGGACUCGUAUCUUUUGUUCGACCACAUUGUUAGUGAUUCAACGAACACGUAUGACAUCAAGUUUUAAGGACGAGACAGUCGACUUGACUUACUGAGUAGUCUCCCCACCGGGCUCAGUAUCCAUCA